AUGAGUUCUGAGUCUCGUUUUCUAGAUGUUGAUGCACGUCCACGAAAUGUGUGUAAUCUGCCCGACGAUUGUCAUAGUUUACCUCCGAUGCCUAAGGUAUAGAUAUUUAGCCUAGGGCCCCGCUAAUUCAAAGUUUUAAUGGAUUCGCUUUUCAAUAAAAUACACAUAUUCUGACUCACCUUUUCACGCUAUCCCAAAUAUCACCUUACUUUUUCGACUAGCCGGGGUGUUCAUGGAGAAAAACGCAAAAUACUGAGAAGCGCUUAAAAAUCGAAAAAGAUUGCAAAAAAAUGGUCGUAUCUCCAUUUCAUUUUUCGCACUCGCCGAUGUGAUAUUCGGAUUCCUUGCCUGAAAAUGGUUACAGUCAUGUGGUCUUAAAAUAGAAACUUUGUUCUUUUCUAUAAACAGAAAUAAAGUUCUAUACAAACAUAUAAGAAAAAUAUAUGAGACGUAGGAAAUGAUAAAUAACAAAUAUUGAUCAUUUACCAUUAUCGAUAAUAACUUAUGAAUUCCCCAAAAAAUUGGCCUUACUUUAUGUAACAAUAUGUGAUCUGUUUAAAAAUACAUCUGAUUAGCUCGAUUAUAUUUCGUUUACAUAACUCUUAAGGGGAGGGGUUCCCCCACCCAUUUUUUUUCAGUAGUUUGUGGAGGACACU